AUGAUAUCAUCGUUCCUAAUCCCCUCCCUCCUCCUCACCUUUACCCACCCAGCCCUGGCCGACACCUGCACCUCCGUCGAAGCCCUCCACUACAUCAACGUAACCUGCCCCCUCUCUCUCGCCUACAUCGAAGAGCAAUCGCAAUACUGGUCCACCUCUUGCUCAGCUCUGCUCCCCUCUUGCAUCAUCUUUCCCAAGUCAGCGGAAGAAGUCUCCACCGUGGUGAAGAUCCUCACAAACACAACUGAGAGAUUCGCUGUCAAAAGCGGCGGGCAUAACCCCAAUAACGGCUUCUCGAGUGUGCAGGGUGGGCCGCUGAUUGUCACGGAGCAUCUUGCCCAGGCGAACGUGAAUCAGGCAACUGGAGUCAUUGAUGUGGGUCCGGGGAAUCGGCUGGAUGGUAUUGCGGCGAAGUUGCAGGGGAGUGGAUGGACGUUCGUGGGUGGUAGGAUUGGGAAUACUGGGGUAGGUGGACUGGUGCUUGGCGGUGGAUUGUCGUAUAUGUCGGCGCAGUAUGGAUGGGCGGCAAGCCAGGUGCUUGAGUAUGAGAUUGUUUUUGCGAAUGGGACUGUUGGGCAUGUCAAUAACGACAACUACCCCGAUCUUUUCAAAGCUUUAAAAGGUGGCGGCAACAAUUUCGGCAUUAUCACGAACUACAGGUUGCAAGGACAACGCCAAGCAAACGUAUGGGGCGGCAAUCUGGUGUACUUGAGGACACCGGAAAAGGACAAGAAACUUCUCAAGGCGGUACGCGACUUUACCGAGUACAACGACGACCCUAAGGCUGCUGUCAUCGUAACCGCAGAGCGUACGAACGUCAACGUGGUGGACUCAUGGAUCAUCUUCCUCUUCUACGAUGGCCCAUCUCCUCCAGCAGGCAAGUUCGAUAACUUUACCGACGUCAAUCCGCUGCUAGACACGACACGAGAACGCACAUACGCCGAUCUGAUGGCCUUGAGCAAUUGGGUCGUUUUGAAAGGCGAGGUAGUAGACAUUUCGACGGAAACGAUCCCAAUCCCAACAGCUGAAGACGAAGCGAAGGUGAUGGAGGAAUUGCACAAGCACUGGAGAAACAUCACUGACACCACGCUGCUCGAGCCCGGAAUCGUUGCGUCCAUUGCAUGGCAACCAUUUCCCAAAGCCAUCGCCAGGGAAGCUCGUGCACGCAGCCCUGACCUCAUUGAAGCGGAUGACUCUGUCCAUCGGAUCAUCAUCGAGAUGAAUUACGCGUUCACCCUCCAGUCGAGCUACGAUAGGAUGGCCGACACGAUGGAGGCAACGUACGGGGGCGUGCGAAAGAGGGUCUUGGACUGGCAGCAGGACGGGACGCUUCCGGAAAGUUAUAACCCUGUGUUUAUGAACUAUGGUUUCUUCCGCCAGGAUUACUUUGGCAGGUUGAAGCCGGAGAACAGGGCGCUGGCGAAAAGGGUGCAGGAGGAAGUGGACCCGGACGGGCUCUUCCGAUCUAGGACGGGCGGAUGGAGGCCCUGA